AACAACAUUUCCCAUCAAAAGGAAAAAGAAAUAAUACCCGAAAAGAUCCAACAAGGACAGUUUAGUACUUCGAGUCUUUUAAUCAUAUUGUUUGUCAACAAACAAUUCACAAGCACAUCAUCACUCACAAAAGCUACAAAUUACAAACAUCAUCAUAUGAUUUAAGGUUUCAUCCCAAAUUCCAUGAUCAUCAUCAUCGAAAAAACACAAAAAAAUACCUUAAAAAGGUCAAAAACAUGUCACGAAAAACAAACCACUUGAUAGAUCUAGGAACAAUAUCAACAGUCGAUCUAUCUGAAUUAGGUGCAGGCAAAGAAGCCUGGCUAGACAACCCAAAUCUCAUUUGCUCACUUGAUACCAAUUGUCUUGCAAUAUCCAGCCGUUACUUUAUUCUUGUUAUUGAAUGGUCUCAUGGGUCGGGUAAUGCUAGCUUCCGGGUCAAGAUCCGACCCAAUUUGUCACCCAUUGAAGCAGAGUAUAUAUCUGCUGUUGAAUGGUUGGUUUUUGAUGAUAUAAGAGUUAUUGCUGCUGGUACUUCUUGUGGGUAUUUGUUAAUUUUCUCUCUUUCGGGUGAUCUUAUUCAUAAACAGCUUGUAUAUCCUGAACGUAUUAUAAGGUUAAGAGUACGUGGAACUAAGCGAGAUAUUGCAGAGGAUACAUCAUCAUUUGAGGAAGUGUGUGUCAUUAUGCCAGGCAUAAUAGCUCGUUUCGACGGAUCUGAUAUUCAGAGGGUACUCCAGCAAUGGUAUCAAGAUACUCAAAAUCGAUUUUGGAACCAGUCAUCAGCAGAUAGAGAUCCAGAAGAAUCUGAAAACUCAUUUGCUCGUAUUCCUUACCAAGUUUGGAAUGUUAAUAAAUAUGGUUCGUGUGUAGAUGCUUCUGUCACUGGUGUCAUGCCGCCACCUCUUUUGGAACUACAGUCAAGCGAUCGCUACUUUUGUGCCAUCACCAUUGGAGUUGAUGCCGUGAUAUCAGCAUUCAGGCUUUCUGAAGACCGUAGCAGGUCAUUCGUGGGAGCCAUUCUGUCAAAGGUUGUUCCUGCAACAUUUUCAACGAUAGCUUCUUUCUCCAAGUUGGUAUGGAGGAGCCCACCACCAACAAAAAAGCCCGAACCAAAGCCACAACCAUUUGCUCGAGCGUUACCUCUUACAUGUUUGAAAGAUCACCCGAGAAAGGGAGAGAAGCUAACCCUAUCACCUAGUGGGACUUUGGCUGCAAUAACAGACUCACUAGGUCGUAUUAUGCUAUUGGAUACUCGAGCCCUUGUGGUUGUACGCUUAUGGAAGGGGUAUCGUGAUGCUAGCUGUCUUUUUGUUGAAAGAGUUGUAAAUAAAGACUCUGCUGGAGCUCACGGACGUGUAAAGAACGAUUAUUGCUUAUGUCUUGCCAUUCAUGCCCCUCGAAAGGGGAUUGUAGAGAUUUGGCAGAUGAGGACUGGACCCAGGGUUUUAACGGUUCCAUGCCCAAAAGGAAGCAAAAUACUGCAACCUACAUACAGAUUUGGAUCAACCGUUUCUGCAUCAUCUUAUAAACCAUUGGAAGUUUUUCUUCUGAAUGGAGAUUCUGGUCAACUUUCAAGACUAAACUGAUGUUUUCUUCUUCAUUUGAAAAUAGUUUCUUGAUUUUUUUCCUAGUAAAAUUAUACACCCCAAUUGUGUAAUGCUAGUGCAAAUAGAAAACACCUUCCAAAAAACAAGUCUUCUAUAGCCAAUCACACUUAUGGUCAACGUUUGACUUUUUUUGGAUUUUUAUAUCGAACAUAAAAAAAUGUCCAUACCAGUGAAAUUCUGAUGCUAAAUUUUAGCCUUUUAUGAC